UCUGGACGCACUUAAGUCUAUUCUGUAUCUGUAACAAUAGUGUCAUUAUCGAUAUGUCAUUGCGCAGCUUUUUUUACUAUCAGCGCAACGACAGCAUCAAUAACGACAUUAUUGUUAAUAAUUACAGAAUAGGCCUGCUGGGUACGAGUCUACAAAAUGCCAAGAAAAAGCUGUGUGGAACCUGAUGGAAUGACCAAAAAGUCACGUGUAGUGAUUAAUCCUCGCCAGAAGUGGACUGAAGAAAUGGAGAAAGCGAUUUUAGAUUACGCCAAGGAUGGCAUAUCCAUAGGAAGACAAUUCGAAAAGCCAACCGCACCCGAGUACUACAAAAAUUUCUUACGCAUUACCAACUUCCACUUUUUGAGAAUAUUAACAAUGCUAAGCUUGUUCAACAUAUGAAGAAUAUGAAGGCAUCGUACAAUAAAGCUUUGGAAUGGCGAAACAAAACUGGACAAGGCAUUCUUCAAGAAAAUGUCGAGACAGGAAGUGAUACUGUAAAAAUGGAGCUAAUCAAGCGUUGUAAAUUCUUUUUCGAGUUGGACGAAAUCCUCGGUGACAAGCCUCACAUCAAUCCUCCUUACAUCCAUCAUAGUGAUGAUAUUGAGUUGGAUGGUGACGGAACAAGUUUGGAAAUAGAAACUGAUACAAAUGAUGAUACAACUGUUGACACACUCCUGAACACACUCCCCAACCUACCUGAUGAUAUAGAUGCUUCGAGUUUUCAAAUUAUUGAACACGUUGUUGAAACACCCACUACAUCGACGUCAGAGGAUGAACCUUUAAAGAAAAGAUUACGAAAAAGCCCUAUUAAGUCUGCUGCAGCGGCGCUAGAAAAUUCUCUGAAAGCAAGAAUUGUUGUUGAAGAGAAACGUCUGAAUUGGGAAAAGGCAAAGGAGGUGCAGAUGCAUGCUGAACAACAGACACGAUUCCAAAUAGAACAAGAAUUUAAGCAGCAGCAAUUAAAGUUCGAACGUGAGAAGUGGACGGCAAACAUAGAAAGACAAAAAAAAAGUGAAGACCGGCAAUUUGAACUUGAGAAGUUAAAAAUUGAAAAAGAUGCAGAGCUCCAGAAAUUAAAAUUACAGCAUGACCUUGAGUUGGAAAAAUUAAAAAUGGGUAUUAAAUAAUUACCAGGGAAGUCUCUGUAUAACCCUCGAAAGAUCGCGUGGGGUGUAGGCUACACCCUAGCUAUUUUAUUUUUAUGAUCACGACAUGGAAAAAUUUUACGAUUGCUGAAGGUCUUU